CAUCAAGUUGACUUAUUCCGUAGUUAACAACGAUGUGCCUGGAUAUCCGAAACCCCUACCAAACGAAGUGGCAAUGAUGAUAAUUGCAAGAGACCCCCCCAGCCCGCUGUUCAUCAAACUCCAUGAAUGGUUUUUGGUUAAAGAGGAGAAGUUGGCAGACGGGGUAAGUCUAUUUCUACAGAACAUUUCACUGCAGCAGGAUUUGUCUCGUUUCUUAUUGUCGUCUUGAUUUUGUAACUUAAAAUUCUUAAAUCAAGAAGCAUUUCUGGACAAGAAAAUAACUUUGUCUUGUUUUCAGAAAAGCUCGUGGGUUAAUAAUAUGCCGGUGCGGUAAGCGAAAUAAACUCGUUUCUACUUUAAAAUCUAUCCUGAAUGUAACUGGAAGCCAGUGUAAAGACUGACCUGAGGACUUCUGUCAUGUGCUUUCUUAAUUCACUGCAUUUGCUUUCAGAAAGUGAAGAAGACAAUAAUGUUGGUGAUGGAGUAUCUUGCCACAUGCAAAACACUGGAGGAUUUCCUGGAGGAGCACCAACACCUGGAGGAGAGAGAUGCGCGCUCACUGUUCUUGCAGAUUGUCAAAGCAGCGCAGCAGUGCUUGAGGCGGGAAAUUUGUCAUUGUGAUAUUCAUGAUUGUAAUAUCCUGGUCAUCAGCCCGCCUCUGCACAUCAAGAUAAUUGAUUUUGGUCUGGGGAAGCGCAUCUUCCAUGAUCCAGAGAAAUACCCGCCAGAUACAAGGAUAUCUCCAAAGGAUGCGGUGAAAACUACGGUGAAUCAGCUGUAUUUCAUCAUGUCAGACAUAGCAAGACGAUGUUCCAGCACACCUGCAGAUUUCCGGACCUUUAUAAAUGCCUGCUAUACCAUUGAUGAUGACACAAAGAUCCAGCACACAGUGGAGCAGAUUCUGGAUCAGCCAUGGCUUAGAAACUAAUAAAAAUAAAGACUGUUCCAGACAUGAGUAGUUUAUGCUUUCCACCCUGAAAGAGGACCUGUUUUAGAGGAGAUUUUAGAGCACAAGUGGUUCAGCAUGACGUAGAGCCCAUCAGCAGCAGGAAACAGGGUUUCAUUCUUCCAUUUCUGUCAUUUGCUGUUUUUCUCUUCUG